AUGGGAAUUCUAACCCGAAAGCCUUUCUUUCUCAACUUCAAGAAAGUACCUACUGCACUAAGACUCUUGUGUGAUGAUAUUACUGGUUCUCUCGUUCUCACCGAGCCUCUCAACAAACUGAUAAGCUUAAUACGAACCAAAGUGGAUGAAGCGCUUCUCAAUUCCAUGAUGCAGUUUUGUGAUCCUCUCCUCCAUUGUUUUACUUAUAGAGAUUUUCAACUAGUACCUACAUUGGAAGAAUUCUCUCAUAUAAUGGAUAUACCCAUACCUGAUCAAAUUCCUUACACCGGUGAGGAAGGAGGUCCUAAGUUGGAAGACAUUGCUGCUGCUCUACACCUACCAAGAUCAGAAAUUAACGAGGUUUGGAUCAAUAAAAGAGACUAUUCUGGAAUACCCGUGGAUUUCUUGUACGAGAAAGCCAAGAUCUUUGCUGAAUCUCUAAGUAUUGAUGUCUUGGAAAGUGUUCUAACUCUGCUGAUAUAUGGACAAGUUCUGUUUCACCAUUGCGACAAAGUUGUUGAUAAGGCUGCUAUCAAAAUUUUCCUUAGCAAGAAUCCUAGGAUAAUGAGACUUUCGUACGAUGACAUCAUUUGGUAUCCAAAAGAGUUCGAAGGAGUUCAGUUAUUUGAUCGUUGUGGAGAGUUCCCUAAUGUGCCUCUUCUUGGCACCCAAGGAGGAAUUACUUAUAAUCCUGUACUUGCUCGACAUCAGUUUGGUUUUGCUUUGAAAGAUAAGCCUCGCUCCAUAUAUCUUAGCUUGGAAAGUUUCGACUAUGGUUCAGGUACAACCGAAAAGAAGAAUCGCUUCAUUAAAGCUUGGUACAAAGUAAAAAAGGUAGGUGCAAGAGAUUUGGGAACAAGGACCUAUACUCCUUCAGACCUCUACUUUAGAUGGAUAUAUGAUCGAGUCGUUGAGUUUGGAAUACCAUAUCCAUCCGACACACCUGUUGUUCCAAGGAUCACUCCUCCAGAGGUUCACGUAGAAUUGGAGCCUUAUGUACCCGCUCCGAACGAAGACCUUGCUACCACAGUUGCUCAUUUAAGACAAGAAAAGGCUGAUCUUGAAAAGCGUCUACAAGAGGUUGAGGCAGAAAAGCAAGUAUACCAUGUUAGGGUUCAUGUUCCUCAAUUUGGGGUUUUUAUGAACCACAAAAAAUUAGACCUUAAGACAGGAAUGAAUAAGAUAUACGAUAGCGCUUCUGCAAAUAAACGCUGUAAAAAGUGGAAGCUGGAGGAAGAAGACGACGAGGUGUCGUCACCUGAUUGGUCAGUUUGA